AUGUGUGGAAUUUUCGGCUACAUCAACUAUCUGGUCGAGAAGGACCGUAGGUUCAUUCUCGACACCUUGCUCAAUGGUCUCUCCCGCCUUGAGUACAGAGGUUACGAUUCCGCCGGCCUUGCCAUCGACGGUGACAAGAAGAAUGAGGUCUUUGCAUUCAAAGAGGUGGGCAAGGUGGCCAAACUCCGCGAGUUGGUGGAGAAUUCGGGUGUGGACAUGACCAAGGUCUUCGAUUCCCAUGCAGGCAUUGCACACACCCGUUGGGCCACCCACGGUCAGCCCUCCCGGCUGAACUGCCAUCCUCACAGAUCGGACCCCAACUGGGAGUUCGCGGUCGUCCACAACGGUAUCAUCACAAACUACAAGGAACUCAGAGCUUUGCUAGAGGGAAAGGGUUUCAAAUUUGAGACCGAAACCGACACGGAGUGCAUUGCCAAACUUGCCAAAUUCCUCUAUGACUCCCAUCCAGACAUCGACUUCACCACGCUUGCAAAGGCGGUAAUCAAGGAGCUGCAAGGUGCCUUUGGUUUGCUCCUGAAAUCCGUCCACUUUCCCCAUGAGAUCAUCGCGGCUCGGAAAGGUUCGCCCUUAGUGGUCGGUGUGAAGACAUCCAAAAAGAUGAAGGUUGAUUUCGUGGACGUUGAAUACUCCGAAGAUGGUGGUGCCCUGCCCGCGGAGAAGGCCAACCACAAUCUUGCUGUUAAGAAGUCGGCGGCUGGUCUGCUGUCUCCUGGCGGUUUCUUGGCCCCUCCUGACAAGUCGCUUCUUCAUCGGUCGCAGUCACGAGCGUUCCUGUCUGACGACGGCAUGCCUCAGCCUGCAGAGUUCUUCCUCUCCUCGGACGCCUCGGCGCUCGUUGAGCAUACCAAGAAAGUACUGUAUUUGGAGGACGACGACAUUGCCCACAUUCACGAGGGACAACUGAACAUCCACCGAUUGACCAAGGAUGACGGCACUUCCAACGUCCGUGCCAUUCAGACCAUUGAACUUGAACUUCAGGAGAUCAUGAAGGGCAAAUUUGACCACUUCAUGCAGAAGGAAAUCUUCGAGCAGCCCGAGUCUGUCGUUAACACCAUGCGUGGUCGUUUGGAUGUUGCCAACAAGUCCGUCACGCUGGGUGGUCUGAGACAAUAUAUCAGCACGAUUCGACGAUGUAGGAGAAUCAUCUUCAUUGCCUGCGGUACUAGCUACCAUUCCUGCAUGGCAGUUCGCGGCGCCUUUGAAGAGCUCACCGAGAUUCCUAUUGCCGUCGAAUUGGCCUCGGAUUUCCUGGAUAGACAGGCACCUGUCUUCCGUGACGACACCUGUGUGUUCGUGUCACAGUCCGGUGAAACGGCCGACUCCCUGAUGGCGCUUCGGUACUGCUUGGAGCGAGGUGCCCUUACUGUGGGUAUCGUCAACGUGGUUGGUUCCUCCAUUUCCAUGCUCACCCACUGCGGUGUGCAUAUCAAUGCUGGACCGGAGAUUGGUGUCGCGUCGACCAAAGCAUACACUUCCCAGUUCGUCGCCAUGAUAAUGUUCGCAUUGUCGUUGAGCGAGGAUCGCGCCUCCAAGGCCCAACGCCGUGCAGAGAUCAUCGAUGGGCUGUCGAGAAUCAGUGACCAGUUUCGAGAGAUUCUGCAGCUCAACGACUCGAUUAAGGAAAUGUGUGCCAAGUUCCUGCAGAACCAGAAGUCGCUGUUGCUCCUUGGCCGAGGCAGCCAGUAUUCAACUGCUCUGGAAGGUGCCUUGAAGAUCAAAGAAAUUUCCUACCUGCAUUGCGAAGCAGUCAUGUCUGGAGAGCUCAAGCACGGUGUAUUGGCUCUUGUUGACGAGAACCUGCCGAUCAUCAUGAUCUUGACCCGAGAUGACAUCUUCCCCAAGUCGUUGAACGCAUACCAACAAGUAAUUGCUCGUGGUGGACGACCCAUCGUCAUCUGCAAUAAGGAUGAUCCAGAGUUCCCUCCUGACAAGACGGAACGUAUCGAGGUGCCAAAGACGGUUGACUGCCUUCAAGGUCUGCUCAACGUCAUCCCUCUGCAACUCAUUGCCUACUGGCUUGCUGUUGCCGAAGGAUUGAACGUUGACUUUCCCCGUAACUUGGCCAAGUCUGUGACUGUCGAGUAG